GCUGCAGCAGCGCCUCAGCAUCUCUGCCUCCUUCCUUCCUUGCCUGGCUGCUGCUGCUACCGCAGCAGCAUCCAUCCCGCGCGGAGGCCGGCCGGAGGCCAGCCGCAUCCUCGCCGCCACUGCCAGUGGUAAGCCUGAACGCCUGGAGCCAUGACGACUCACGUGACACUAGAGGAUGCCCUCUCCAAUGUGGAUCUGCUGGAGGAGCUGCCACUGCCUGAUCAGCAGCCAUGCAUCGAGCCACCUCCAUCAUCGAUCAUGUACCAGGCCAAUUUUGACACCAAUUUUGAAGACAGGAACGCUUUUGUAACUGGCAUUGCCAGGUAUAUAGAACAAGCUACCGUGCACUCAAGCAUGAAUGAAAUGCUGGAGGAAGGGCAUGAAUACGCAGUGAUGCUUUAUACCUGGAGAAGCUGUUCCAGGGCCAUUCCCCAGGUAAAGUGCAAUGAACAGCCAAAUCGGGUUGAAAUUUAUGAGAAAACAGUGGAAGUCUUGGAGCCAGAGGUCACGAAGCUUAUGAAAUUCAUGUAUUUUCAGAGAAAGGCUAUUGAACGAUUCUGUAGUGAGGUGAAACGUUUGUGCCAUGCUGAAAGAAGGAAAGACUUUGUUUCUGAAGCUUAUCUACUGACACUGGGAAAGUUUAUCAACAUGUUUGCUGUCCUAGAUGAACUGAAAAACAUGAAGUGUAGCGUAAAAAAUGACCACUCUGCCUACAAAAGAGCAGCCCAGUUUUUGAGGAAAAUGGCUGACCCCCAGUCUAUCCAGGAAUCACAGAACCUUUCCAUGUUUCUAGCAAAUCAUAACAGGAUCACACAGUGCCUGCAUCAGCAGCUGGAAGUCAUCCCUGGUUAUGAGGAGCUGUUGGCGGACAUUGUCAAUAUCUGUGUGGAUUACUAUGAAAAUAAGAUGUACUUGACACCCAGUGAGAAGCACAUGCUCUUAAAGGUGAUGGGUUUUGGUCUCUAUCUGAUGGAUGGAAAUGUCAGCAACAUUUACAAACUAGAUGCCAAGAAGAGAAUCAACCUCAGUAAAAUUGAUAAAUUCUUUAAGCAGCUGCAAGUGGUUCCUUUAUUCGGCGAUAUGCAGAUAGAGCUGGCCAGAUACAUUAAGACCAGUGCUCACUAUGAGGAGAACAAAUCCAAGUGGACAUGCACUCAGAGCAGCAUCAGUCCCCAGUACAACAUCUGCGAGCAGAUGGUGCAGAUCCGAGAUGAUCAUAUCCGCUUCAUCUCCGAACUCGCUCGGUACAGCAACAGUGAGGUUGUGACUGGCUCAGGGUUGGACAGCCAGAAGUCAGAUGAAGAAUACAGGGAGCUUUUUGACCUGGCUCUACGGGGACUGCAACUUCUAUCCAAGUGGAGUGCACAUGUUAUGGAAGUGUAUUCUUGGAAGCUGGUCCAUCCCACCGAUAAAUUCUGUAACAAAGAUUGUCCGGGUACUGCUGAGGAGUAUGAAAGAGCCACACGGUACAAUUAUACCAGCGAAGAAAAGUUUGCAUUUGUGGAGGUGAUAGCAAUGAUAAAAGGCCUGCAAGUGCUCAUGGGCCGCAUGGAAAGUGUUUUCAACCAAGCCAUCAGGAACACGAUCUAUGCCGCUCUGCAGGAUUUUGCCCAGGUGACACUGAGAGAGCCACUGAGGCAAGCAGUCAGGAAGAAAAAGAAUGUCCUGAUCAGUGUCCUUCAGGCGAUUAGAAAAACCAUUUGUGAUUGGGAGGGAGGACGUGAGCCUCCAAAUGACCCUUGUCUAAGGGGGGAGAAGGACCCCAAAGGCGGUUUUGAUAUUAAGGUUCCUCGGCGAGCUGUGGGUCCUUCUAGCACACAGCUUUACAUGGUGAGAACUAUGCUGGAAUCCCUCAUUGCAGACAAGAGUGGCUCAAAAAAGACUCUCAGAAGCAGCCUGGAUGGGCCAAUAGUUCUGGCCAUUGAAGAGUUUCACAAGCAGUCCUUCUUCUUCACUCAUCUUCUCAACAUAAGUGAAGCCCUUCAACAGUGCUGUGACUUAUCACAGCUUUGGUUCCGUGAAUUUUUUUUGGAGUUGACAAUGGGUCGUCGAAUUCAAUUCCCUAUCGAGAUGUCGAUGCCUUGGAUUCUAACAGAUCACAUCCUGGAAACCAAAGAACCUUCUAUGAUGGAGUAUGUGCUAUAUCCUCUGGAUCUCUACAAUGAUAGUGCUUAUUAUGCAUUGACCAAGUUUAAAAAGCAGUUUCUCUAUGAUGAAAUUGAAGCAGAGGUGAACUUGUGUUUUGAUCAGUUUGUGUAUAAACUGGCGGACCAAAUAUUUGCUUACUAUAAAGCAAUGGCUGGCAGCGUCUUGCUGGAUAAGCGAUUCCGCGCUGAAUGUAAGAAUUAUGGAGUGAUCAUCCCUUAUCCACCAUCCAACCGCUAUGAAACGCUGCUCAAACAGAGGCAUGUCCAGCUGUUAGGCCGGUCAAUUGACCUAAACAGACUAAUCACCCAACGUAUCUCAGCUGCAAUGUACAAAUCAUUAGACCAGGCCAUUAGCCGCUUUGAAAGUGAGGAUCUGACCUCCAUUGUGGAGCUUGAGUGGCUUUUGGAGAUAAAUCGUCUGACACACAGAUUGCUGUGCAAGCACAUGACCUUGGACAGCUUUGAUGCCAUGUUUCGAGAGGCCAAUCACAAUGUCUCGGCUCCUUAUGGGCGCAUCACCCUGCAUGUCUUCUGGGAGCUGAACUUUGACUUCCUACCUAAUUACUGUUACAACGGAUCUACUAACAGAUUUGUACGGACAGCAAUUCCAUUCACUCAAGAACCACAGAGGGAUAAACCAGCCAACGUCCAGCCAUACUAUCUUUAUGGAUCUAAGCCACUGAACAUUGCUUACAGUCAUAUCUAUAGCUCAUACCGGAACUUCGUGGGGCCUCCACAUUUCAAGACAAUCUGCCGAUUACUCGGAUACCAAGGGAUUGCUGUGGUGAUGGAAGAACUGCUGAAGAUCGUCAAGAGCCUGUUGCAAGGGACCAUCCUUCAGUAUGUGAAAACCUUGAUAGAAGUGAUGCCGAAGAUCUGCCGCCUGCCAAGGCAUGAAUACGGAUCUCCAGGAAUCCUGGAGUUUUUCCAUCACCAGCUGAAGGACAUCAUUGAGUAUGCAGAGCUAAAGACUGAUGUAUUCCAGAGCCUGAGGGAAGUGGGUAAUGCCAUUCUUUUCUGCCUUCUCAUAGAGCAGGCCCUGUCCCAGGAAGAAGUGUGUGAUUUGCUGCAUGCUGCUCCCUUCCAAAAUAUUUUGCCCAGGGUCUACAUCAAAGAAGGAGAACGCUUGGAGGUACGCAUGAAGCGUCUCGAAGCCAAAUAUGCCCCACUUCACCUGGUUCCCUUAAUAGAGAGGCUGGGAACACCUCAGCAAAUUGCCAUCGCUCGUGAAGGAGACUUGCUGACCAAGGAGAGGCUGUGCUGUGGGCUGUCCAUGUUCGAGGUCAUCCUGACCCGCAUCCGGAGCUAUCUCCAGGACCCCAUCUGGCGUGGGCCUCCCCCAACCAACGGCGUCAUGCACGUGGACGAGUGUGUUGAGUUCCACCGGCUGUGGAGCGCCAUGCAGUUCGUGUACUGCAUCCCCGUGGGAACAAACGAAUUCACAGCUGAGCAAUGUUUUGGAGAUGGCUUAAACUGGGCGGGCUGUUCAGUCAUAGUUCUGCUGGGGCAGCAGCGUCGCUUUGAUCUUUUUGACUUCUGUUACCACCUGCUAAAGGUGCAGAGGCAGGAUGGGAAGGAUGAAAUAAUAAAGAAUGUGCCACUUAAGAAAAUGGCUGACAGGAUCAGGAAGUACCAGAUUUUGAACAAUGAAAUUUUUGCCAUUCUGAACAAAUACAUGAAAUCAGUAGAAACAGACAGCUCUACGGUCGAGCACGUCCGUUGCUUCCAGCCCCCCAUCCACCAGUCCUUGGCCACCACCUGUUAAGGGGUCAGUGCUGAGAAUGCAAUGUGAGCGUUUGUGUUUCUCUGCAAUUCUCUGAAAUCGGCGAAGAAAACGAGACCAGACUCCAACAAAGACCUGCACGAGAAAACCUAAGAACACGGCUUUGGCAAGAGUGCAGAUUUGGACCCACUAUACAAAGCUGCAUUUUUCUAGAAGGCCCGGUUUGAAUGCAUGUUAUUCUGUAUCUUUCUGGCUGGUCGUACCCACUGCUUUGAAAAUGUGAUGAGGAGCAGAGUGUGAUUCCUCCCCUCCCCCAUGGUUUCUUUUUCAUUAGGGCCAAGAUCCACCCAAUCAAGCACAAAAUGCUAUGGUCUUUAAAAUGGUAGUUGUUUGGAGAGUUCCAGAUAAAGCAGCCAGUGUCUCAAAGUUUUGCUAGUCUUUCAUUUGAUGCACAGUGAGACAGAACUGUAUUUCUGUUGGACAUAAAGCCUUGAUUUCAUUGAGUUUUUCAAAAUUCCUCCAAAAUGGUGAGGAAUUUCUCGAUGGACGCAAGGAAAAAAAGUUAUUUUAAUAUCCUUGUCCAUCAAGGAAGAGAGCAUUUUUCAUUGAUUCUUUUUAUAAUUAAACUUCCUUUAUCAACUUCAUAAUAAUUGAAGCUGGUUAAGUGGGAGAUAACCAAGAGAAUUUACUCAGGCUGUGUGUUGACUCUCAUUGCUACAAAGUAGAACAAGGUAAAACCUUCUCUGGGAGUCUUCCUUGUUGACCUUCGUGCCUCCUGAGUGAAGGCAUGUUUCUCAGGCUUAGCAUUCUGGACAGCCAGGAGAAGCAACAAAGGUUUUAACAGCCUGGACCCUCAAUGGAAUAAUCAGGCAUGGAUUAUCUAAUUUAGAAAUGUAAUUCAUGCAUUUAGUGUAGCAUUUUUAAUAAUGUUCAAUAGAACGACAAGAUCAACCACUGUGCUUCUACUUUUUGGAAUAGUAUAUGAAAUUUGGCCAUUAGUCCAAGUUGCUAAAAUGGAGACAGGAUUUGGAGUACACCCAGUAUAACAGUUCAUCCAUUCUUUUUUAAUAGGUGGCAACUUGUCUUCCCUGGUUCUGUAAAUAUAUGGAAUUGCAACAAGUUUUAAAGCUCCCUAUCAAUCCUGUAGAACAAAGGAAAGGAAUAACGAUGUAAACAGUUUGCAGAAUUGUGGAUACUGACGGGACUGAAAUACCAUCUUCUUCCAGCAGCUCACAGCAGCGUAGACUUCCUGUUACCAAUGAGCCUCCAAAGAUUAGGCCAUAUCACUUAGUAUAUUAUAUUAUACUGUCAGUCAUAGACAAGCCAUACCAAAAGUGUUACCAAGAAGUGGAACUAUAAAGUCAGCACCCUCUUGGACCUGGUAAGAAAGUCUUCCCAGCUCCAAAUAGGAUGAUGAAUUCAUCCCCCAGUUUAGCUUAAGUCUCCCUGGCCCAUAGCUCUGUAUCAUGUAAAGGGAACAAUCUUUACAAUUUUAAGAGAUUCUUUUUUCAAUCUGCCUGAACAGUCACCUGAGGUAAAUUCAUUGUGCAAUUUUCACUCCCUACUUCUUGGGGACAGGGAUUUCAGAAUUACAGUUCUUCAGCUGCGCUGACUCAAGGAAAAGACAGUGUUUUCUUUCUUUCUUUGCUGUACAGUUUCCAAAGUUAUUAAGGAAAAACUUAAAAUUCAAUCCUUGUUCCUUGUUAGACAUGAAAGACAAAGGGCCAGGCAGUUCUCCUGUGCGGACCACAAUAAAAUGAGUGGGAAGGAGUGGUGCAUAAGCCACAAGGAGGCUUGCUCAGGACAACUCCUGGGGGAAUGUGCCCAAUGCCAGGUCAAAAUUAUACCUGCUGGAGCUCUGAUGGCAAAGUUACCCUGAUUUUCCUACUGGUAAGAGUAACAGCCUUCAGUUCCCCCAUUCUUGUCAUUUCUUGACCUUAUCUUGGCUAAGGCAGCCUCCACCCUUUCACAUCGCAGAUAUUUUAAACUGUGGCCUUCCUCAUUCUGCUCAGCCUGAAGCCAAUAUGUGAAACCAAUGUAGUACUUCAGUGCUGGUGUUUGGCUCAUCACCACACAAACAUGACACCAGUGAUGAAGCUGUCUACAAACUUUUUCCUGUUUGAGAGAGCACAUGAAGUAGAAACCUCAUACCGUUCAGCAUCAGAUUGAGGGAGAACAUUCUUUCUCAAAGAACAUCAGCAGCACAACUCAGCACAAAGCAUAUUUCCUUUGACAAACUGUUUUGCUUCUUUAAAGCGUUACAUUGGUCAUAGUUAAAUACUCUUCCACAGAAUGUGGUCCUGAGACAGUGUGCUGCAAGACUGGGCUCAUUCUCCAUAAUAUGGAACUAAGGGAAAACUCAAAGAAGUCAUCAGAAGACUUGGACUCAGGCAGUCAGGGACUCAGAAUGUGAUGGGAAAAUAAUUCCUGACUAUCAUUUCCCAUCCUAAAUUUCUGUGGAACAGUUCAGUGCUUCAGGAUUUUGGGUGUUUCCAGUCUUGUUUAAUAUCUUACAUAUAUACCCUUGACCUCAGAGUUACAAAACUGGAGCAAACAUGAGUAACAAUUCCAAUGCUCUUCAUUUCUUCUUUUCACUAUUACACAUUUUUUGAAAUAAACCCUCAAGUUUUAAACACCUGUAGUUAUUCACCAGAGCAAAAGGACACAGGUCUGAACUCUCCAUUCACUUGGGGAAGCUACUGAAAUCAAGAAUAAAUAAAUAAAUAAAUGCCACCCUGAGGUGUAUGUAGAGCCAAGAUGUUACAUUUUGCAUUCUAUGUUCAACAGAGGACUCAGCUAGACAGUUGUUAAUUGUUACUCAACAUUGUUUUCAGUUUUAUGAAAUGGAUUUGAGAUAUGCUGACAUGGCACAUUUUCGCACAGGGAUUCUCAGUUACCCUGUUGUGAAGUUGAUGUUAUCUGUAGGAAAAUCCUACAUGUUGUACUGAAGUUAGAAGGAAGGCAGAAUUGAGCUCAGGGUAAUAAUUCUAGUCUUUGAGUAUGGGGAAAAUUCAGGGUCAGUUUAACCCUGUAAACGGUUAAAAAAACAAACAAAAACCAGGUAUCUGUCCAGCAUCAGCCUCCCUACCAGGAAGAUUUUGCUUUAAGAUGUCUGUCCUCUGAUUCCUUCCCAUGGCUUUAUAAUGGCCUUCAUCAAACAUUCUUCACUGGAUAGUUCUGGCUGCUCCCCACCUGAACUACACAAUAAAAUUGCUGUCAGGGAGUAAAGCUAAGAAAUCCAAGUUCUUGGUCAGGCAUUCCCGUACCGUGGCAAGAUAUGCAGAGUUCCAGAAUCACACUGCUCAUGUGCCACUAGGAACAAUUGUGCCGCUAUGAAAUACCUCGAAUGCACUUGCAGGCCCAGAGUGCCCAUUCACAGAGGAGGCUGCGCAGUCCACUCUUGCUCUAGCCUUCCGACUGGCAUUCGCUGCAAGCUGAACUCUCUGCCGUGUCUUUCUGAUUGGGUGUGCAGAGACAGCAGCAAAACAGUUGCCCUCGGAGAGUGCCCAAUUCAUAUUGGGACGCAGGCUAGAGACCCUCCAGAGCUGGUAGUCUUCACUCUGACUUGCAUUGGGGAAUACUGGUGUGAAUUGCUCCUCCCAUGUUAAUUCAGGGGCAGAGGGGGACAGCGCUCCCCGCUUUCCUUUGGGUAGCACUGAUCCCCAGUGAGUGGGUUACAACAAUAUGACUGAAUCGGCCAGCCGCAGGAAGAGAAAGGGUUAAACAGCCCAACCCUGCCGCAUCUGAGGCUGCUUUUCUGCUAGAAGAAACACAUUUUCAGGUGGGUGGUCAGGAAGAAACAUGCAACUGCAUGAACUAUUGAGUUCAGCAUUAAGCAUUCCAAGUGGAAUGCAGGAAACCACAAAGAAACAUAGUGCAAGAUACAUCCUGGGUUACUCACAUUAGAAUAAACUAGGAGAACAAAGAGUCCAGACUGGUUCAGCAACGAAAAUGAAGAGCUAUGGUUCCUUUGGGCUCAUAGUACAACCUGGUUUUCUAUCAGUUUGAUUUAGGGACUUCGUAGAAGAAAUGAACAAAUUCUUGUGCCCUUCAGACAUGAUCUGAUUCCUAGCAGCACUUGUCAGAAAUAUCAAUGGUCAUAUUAAUUCCUCUGCUCCUCUGUAUUGCUCUGGUUAUAACUGAUAUUUGUCAGAGUUUUUUUUAAAAAAGCAUUUAAAGAACAACUUUGCAUAAUUCUUCCAAAUGUACCAUAUUUCUAUGAAGGAUUGUCCAGGACUUUUUGUACAAUGAAUUUACAUUUAUUUAUGGUGCGGUAUAUUUACAUUAGUGAUCCACUAUGGUGUUUGAAUUCUUGAAUCAUAUUUGCUAUGCAGCGGAAAAUGAUAUAUAUUGUUUUGUAAGUUUUGUUCUUUCAUCAUUGGUCAACAGAAGUUUCUCAUUUCCAUUCAAAAUGCUUCUGCAACGUUAAGGCACCUUGUGUGUGGUGCCAUGAUUACCUGUAUUGCGACUUUCAACAAUGUGUACAGCAAAGCUGGGAGAAACCCUGUUAACAAGGAAAAAGUAAAUAAAAAAUAAUCAAAUGGUG